UACACAGCUUUUAAAUAUAUUAAGUAUAUUAUACACCCGGGCUCAACCCAGUCACUGCUGUGCUCCCACAGAGAGCCAGAAAAAAUAUAUGGAAACUAGCAAAGGCAGCCUGAACGGACGGUGCUUGAUUAAGUCAGAGCGACGACGAAAUCGAGUCGACCAGUACCAGCCGAGAGUCAGAGGUGCCUGCAAAUACACGGAUCGCGGCAGCAUGUAUAUAAUAGUAGCGCUGGGACUGAUCGUGGUGCACCUGAUGCUGCUCCCCAUCUACGUGUAUCUCACCUGGCAUCACAGGUACUGGCGCAAGAGGGGCUUAGUCACGGCCCGUCCGCUCACUCUAUUGGGCACCUAUCCGGGACUGCUGACGAGGCAGAGCAAUCUAGUGGAGGAUGUGCAGAAGGUUUACGAUAAAUACAAGGGCAAACAUCGGGCCGUGGGAGUGUUUGUGACACGUCAACCUCAGAUCUUGGUGCUCGACCCGGAGCUGGCCCACGAAGUUCUGGUACUGAAUUUCCGCUGCUACAAGGACUCUCUGACCAGCUCGUACAUACGGCAUGCCAAGUGGGACAAGUACGCGCGCCAAAAUCCCUUCUGGGCCUCCGGUCAGUCCUGGCGCAGCCUCCGCAAAGAUGCCCAGGCCGGGAUAUCUGGGCAUCGACUAAAGAAGGCCUACGCCAUUUGGGAGGAGGGCGGCAAGAUGCUAACCAACUACAUGACUGCUCAGGUUACGGAGCACAACAAUCUCCUUGAGACCAGAGAUCUCUGCUUUCGAUACACGGCACAUGUUAUGGCUGACUUUAUUUGGGGCAUCGAUGCCGGGACCCUGACCCGGCCCCAGGAGGAUCCCAAUAAGGUGCAGCAGAUGGCCAGCAAGUGGACCAGCUAUGCCUUCUAUAUGAUCUCCGUGUUCAUGGCCUCGAUUGUGGCUCCUUUCAUCCGAUGUCUGCUGCGCCUGCGCUUCUACCCCAAAGAGACGGACGAAUUCUUCUCCAAGCUAACCAAGGAGUCCAUUGAAAUGCGCCUCAGUGCCGGCAGUGAUAAUUCCCGCACAGACUAUCUCUCCCAUCUUCUGCAGCUGCGCGAACAGAAACUGGCCACACACGAUGAUCUGGUGGGGCAUGCGCUGACAGUAAUGCUAGAUGGUUACGACACCACAGGAACUGCUCUCCUCCAUGCCCUGUACUAUCUGGCGGAGAAUCCGGCAAGUCAGCAGAAACUGCGCAUGGAAGUCCUGAGGAACCUCGACACCGACAAGAGUCUCAGCUUCGAGAUGUUGUGUGCCCUACCCUAUCUGGAUCAGGUGGUCUAUGAAUCGCUACGGCUAAGCAGCCUCGUUCCGCAGUUCACCAAGGUCUGUACGAACGCCACAAACAUUCAGAUCAACGAAUUUAAAAUACUAGAAGUGGAGGCAGGCAUGACAAUCAUGAUACCCAACUAUCAGUUCCACCAUGAUAAGAAAUAUUUCCCCGAUCCGGAAAUGUUCAAGCCAGAACGAUUUGAUGAUGCCGCUCAUCUCGAACUAAUUCGCAAAGGUGUCUUCCUUCCGUUCAGUGAUGGACCGCGUAAUUGCAUGGGGAUUCGUUUGGCUAUGCUGACUCUGAAGUCCGCCCUGAUCCACAUUCUUAGCGAAUUUCAAGUGGUGCGAGGCAAGGAGAAACUCAUCCCAAACGGCGACGCUGGCUUCGGCGUUGUACUCCAGGGGAAUGUUAAUCUAGAGUAUCGACGCUUUUUUAAAUAGAGUUGAGUAUUCGUAAAAUUUGUAUCUAUAAAUAUAUAUAAUUUAAUUAUUUGGAAGAUUA